CAAAAAAACAACUUCAGUUUCAGGGAAGUGAAAUGACCAGUUCAUCAAGUCUUGGCGUUCCACAUUAGCUUCAGUUGUGCAAAUAGACUGCUACUCACAAUUACAAUCUACGAUGGAUCACUGUGGAGAAAGUGCUCCUAAAGUUCCCAGGUUGGACAAGUUGGAUGGACCAAGCUGCAUUUCCGUUAAGAGUUCAAAUUCAAUAUUGGAGCCAAUUGAAUUUAAGCGACACCUCUGCAAGCAGCCUGACUUGAGCUCAUCUGUGUCUGCGUUAAUCAGAACUGCUUGUCCGUCAUCACUGCCUGAAGCUGUGACUCCAACAACCAAGGGCAUUUACAAAGACCAAAGGAAUCAUGCUGUUGGCUUCACAAAGUCUGGCUCUCCUCCGGUUACGGACGUGAAGCUGCAUCAUGGGCUUAAAAAUAGGCUAAAAGCAAAAUUUCAGCACAUUCACCAUGACCUGUCAAUACGGGGUCAAUCAGCAUCCUUGAAUGAUUUUUACACAGAGCUCUACAUCACUGAGAGUGACAGUGGGAAUGUUCCAAUGGAACAUGAGGUAAGGCAGAUUGAAAUGAUAUCCAGGACACAAACCACAGUGGAGAUACCAAUCAAAUGCAAUGAGAUCUUCAGGCCCAUACAUGGACACAGGAAACCUAUUAGGAGUGUCUUGACAAAGGGAGUUGCUGGCAUUGGAAAAACAGUGUCUGUACAGAAAUUUGUCUUGGACUGGGCUGAAGGUAAAGCAAAUCAAGACAUUGGGUUCAUUUAUCCGUUUGCAUUCCGUGAACUCAACCUGAUGAAGGGGGAGAGGUUCAGCCUAAUCAAGCUUCUUCAGCGUUUUAGUAUGGAUACGUUCGAAGCAACAAAUCCCCAGAGUCUCAAAGUUCUCUUCAUCCUUGAUGGACUGGACGAAUGUCGCUUUCCUUUAGAUUUUCAGAACAACCACAGAGUGUCUGAUAUAGCAGAACAAGUGUCUCUAGAUGUCCUACUGACCAACCUCAUCAAUGGAAACCUGCUUCCUGAUGCUCUCCUCUGGAUCACUUCUCGUCCAGCAGCAGCCAGCCAGAUCCCUCCACAGUGUAUUGACCUGCUGAGUGAGGUACGAGGAUUUAAUGACCCACAGAAGGAGGAGUAUCUCAGGAAGAGAAUAAGCGACCAGAGACUGGCUGGCAGAAUCAUUGCGCACAUCAAAUCCUCAAGGAGCCUCUUCAUUAUGUGCCACAUUCCUGUUUUCUGCUGGCUUUCCUCAGCUGUUUUAGAAAGGACCAUCAGUUCCUUAGGUGAUGAGGAAGUCCCCAAGACACUGACUCAAAUGUACAUACAUUUCCUCCUAAUCCAAACCAGAACUAAAAACUACAGGUACUCUGACAGAAACGAGGAUUCGUCUGAUGAAGGUAUGAUCCUCAAACUGGGCAAACUAGCCUUUCAGCAGCUGGAAAAGGGCAACCUGAUAUUUUAUGAAGACGAUCUCAGGGCUUGUGGCAUCAAUGUCAGGGAGGCCGUGGUCUAUUCAGGAGUGUGUUCACAGAUCUUUAAAGAGGAAUGUGCCUUGACUCAGAGUAAGGUGUACUGCUUUGUGCACCUGAGCAUCCAGGAGUUCCUGGCUGCCGUAUAUGCGUUCCUCAUGUGUAAAAGCUACAACUUGAAUGUUUUUGACCAGACAAGUUGCACUGCAACUGAUGCUACCCAAGCACUGAUUGAUAUGCACAAGAAUGCCAUAGACAGAGCCUUAAAGAGUGAAAACGGGCACCUGGAUCUCUUCCUCCGCUUCCUUUUAGGCCUUUCUCUGGAGUCCAACCAGACCCUCCUGCACCAUCUGCUGCCACACGUUAGACCCAGCCUUCAAAACACAGAAGCAACAGUUGAAUACAUUAAAAUGAAGAUAGAGGAGAACUCUUCAACCGAGAAAUCUAUCAAUCUCUUCUACUGUCUGAAUGAGCUUAAUGAGCUCUCUAUAGUAAAAGAGGUCCAACACUACUUGAGCUCAGAGAGUUCCUCCAAAUUUUCCCUUGCACAGUGGUCUGCCCUUGUCUUCGUAUUGCUGACGUCAGAGACAAAACUUGAUGUAUUUGACCUCAAGAAGUAUAUCAAAUCAGAUGAAGGUCUCAUGAGGCUGAUGCUGGUAGUCAAAGCUUCAGAAAUUGCUCUGCUCAAUAACUGUGGACUCAGUGAGAGAUGCUGUAAAGCACUGGGCUCUGCACUCAGCUCUGAUUCCUCCAACCUGCGAGAGCUGAAUUUAAGUGGCAACUCUAUUGGAGACACAGGGCUGAGGCGUCUUACAGAAGGACUGGGAAAUGCCAAAAGUAAAUUAAAGAAACUAAGGCUUUCGUAUUGUAGAAUCACACCACAGGGCUGCAUCACUUUGGCCUCACAGCUCCUUCCCCUACUUCCACACUUAAAAGUACUGGACCUGAGUGAGAACAGCUUGAGGCAGACAGGAAUUCAACAACUAGCUAGUCAUCUAAAGAAUCCAGAGUGCAAACUUGAGAUACUAAGACUGAAGGACUGCAGAGUUACUCCAGGAGGAAGUGAAGCACUAGCCUCGGCUCUGAUCUUGAAUCCGUCACACCUGAAAGAGCUCGAUCUCCACUGGAACAAUCCGGGAGACGACCCAGGUGUUGAGCAGCUGGCCACUGUCAUGAAGGAUCCACGUUCCAAGCUUGAAGUCUUAUGGUUAAGUUAUGGCUUGCUCACUGAGAAAUGUUGUGAGGCUCUCACUUCUGUUCUCAGAUGCAGCUCCGCUUGUCUCAAAGCAGUGGACCUGAGCGGAAACUCAAUACAGGACAUGGGAGUGGAGCUGCUCUCUGCUGGCCUGAGAAGCCCACACUGUAAACUGGAGAUACUCAGGUUGGCAUGUUGUGGGAUCACAGAAAAAGGAGCUGCAGCUUUGGCUUCUGCUCUUACUGCAAAUCCUACAACCCUCAAAGACCUGGACCUGAGUGAGAACCUGGUUGGAGACGAUGGACUGACAGCGCUUGCACAUGUGAUAGGGGGUUUUGAGUGCAGAUUACACACACUCAGACUCAGACAGAGUGGAGUCACAGAAGACGGAUGUGUUGCCCUUGCUUCAGCUCUGACUUUGAAUCCGAUCCAUCUGCGAGAGCUGAACCUGGGAAACAACAAACUCACAGACGCCGGGAUCAAAUGUCUUUGCGAUGUGCUGAACGCUGAAAUUUUCCAAUUAGAGCUGAAUGACUGUUGCUUAACUGAGAGCUGUUGCGAUUCACUGGCAUCUGUUCUCCUGAAAAAAUGCUCAAGUCUAAACGUAUUGAAUCUGGGAGGAAAUCAUUUGCAGGACUCAGGAGUGAAGACUCUUUGUGUCGGACUAGAAAGUCCAAACUGCAAACUGGAGAUAUUGAGGCUGUUUAACUGCGGCGUCUCUGAGAAAAGCUGUGAAUUUUUAGCAUCAGUUCUGAGCGGAAAGUACUCCGUUUUAAAAGAACUGGACCUUAGCGGAAAUAACCUUAAAGACACGGAUACGAAGCUGCUGAACAUCUUACUCGAUGAUCCAGGCUACAAACUCGAUCAACUCAAUUUAUACUGAACAACCCAAGGGAUGUCGUCAUGCUGCAAUAAAGAGAAACAUGGUCAUAGUAGGUUGCCCUACCUGACAGCAAACAACCUGCGGUCAUUUCGGAGCUGUCACCAGAUUAAUUCGUUAUAUUUAUUUAAUAUUUAUUUCGUAUUCUUAUUUUGUUGCACUUUUUGAGUGACGUUAUACUGCGUAUGGCACUCAGAUUUUCUUGUUUCUUGAAGGAACUCCUUUAAUCACUCCUGUGUUUACAGUUGCAGGAACUGGACUGCUGUUUGUGCAGUAAACUGAGAUGCAACGUGAUCAGUUAUGGUCAGAUUUUUUUAAAUGACUUUACAUUGAGUUGUAUUAACAACCUGACUAAUAAACAUUAAACAAAAUAACCUAUUCACAAAUAAACAUUGCGGCAGAUA